UUGGGUUGGGCCUGAUGCAUUAAUUUGCCUGAGAGAAAGUGAAACUGUUCACACAGGCACUGAUGCUGAGAGGUGAAAUGGCGCAGCAGGCUGAGCUGGAUUCAGUUUAUUUCCUGGUUCCUCCCUUUUGAUAAAUCUAGUAGCAGCGGGAUUGGUGGAAUUACUAUGCUGUCAAAACUGACUAGUCCAACCACUGCAUGUUAUGAAUGCAAGAACAUGAAGAAAUGGGUUGGGCCUCCAGUAUGACAUUUGCUGCUGGGAAAAUGAAACUCCUCAGACAUUAACUAUUGUUGAGAGGUGAAAUGGAGCAGCAAUCUGAGCAACAUUUGGGGAACAUCUCUUGUUCCAUCUGUCUGAAUCCACUGAAGGAUCCUGUGACUACUUCCUGUGGACACAACUAUUGCAUGAACUGUAUUAAAAGCCACUGGGAUGAAGAAGACCAGAAGGGAAUCUACAGCUGCCCUCAGUGCAGGAAGACUUUCAUACCGAGGCCUGUCCUGGAGAAAAACACCAUCAUAGCAGAGUUAGUGGAGCAGCUGAAGAAGACUGGACUCCAAGCUGCUCCAGCUGAUCACUGCUAUGCUGGACCUGAAGAUGUGGCCUGUGAUGUCUGCACUGGGAGGAAGCUGAAAGCCUUCAAGUCCUGUCUGGUCUGUCUGGCCUCUUACUGUGAGAAACACCUCCAACCUCACUAUGAUGCAGCUCCAUUAAAGAAACACAAGCUGGUGGAGCCCUCCAAGAAGCUCCAGGAGAACAUCUGCUCUCGUCAUGAUGAGGUGAUGAAGAUUUUCUGUCGUACUGAUCAGCAGAUUAUCUGUUAUCUCUGCACAAUGGAUGAACAUAAAGGCCAUGAAACAGUCCCAGCUGCAGCAGAAAGGACUGAGAAGCAGAAGGAGGUGGAGGUGAUGCUACAAAACAUCCUGCAGGGAAUCCAGGAGAGAAAGAAAGAUGUGAAGCUGCUUAGACAGGAGCUGAAGGCCAUCAAAGACUCUGCUGAUAAAACAGUGGAGGACAGUAAGGAGAUCUUCACUGAGAUGAUCCGUCUCCUCCAGAAAAGAAGCUCUGAUGUGGAGCAGCUGGUCAGAUCCCAGCAGGAAACUGAAGAGAGUCGAGUCAAAGAUGUUGAGGAGAAGCUGGAGCAGCAGAUCACUGAGCUGGAGAGGAAAGGCUCCAAGCUGAAGCAGCUCUUAAAGACAGAGGAUCACAACCAGUUUCUACACAACUACCCCUCACUGCCACCACCCAGUGAGUCUACACACUCAUCCAGCAUCAAGAUUCGUCCUCUGAGGAACUUUAAGGACGUGAAAGCAGCUGUGACAGAGACCAGAGAGCUACUACAGGACAUUCUGAGAGAGACAUGGACAAACAUCUCAGUGACAGUGACUGAAGUGGAUGUUUUACUGCCACAACCAGAGCCAAAGACCAGAGAUGAAUUCUUGAAAUAUUCACAUGAAAUCACACUGGAUCCAAACACAGCAAACAUGUGCCUGUUAUUAUCUGAGGGGAACAGAAAAGUAACAUUGAUGAAACAACCUCAGUCUUAUUCUAAUCAUCCAGACAGAUUCACUGGAUGGAGGCAGGUCCUGAGUAGAGAGAGUCUGACUGGACGUUGUUACUGGGAGGUGGAGUGGAGAGGAGGAGUAGUUGGUGUAGCAGUCGCAUACAAGAAUAUCAAAAGAGUAGGGAACUCAUAUGUAUGUGGAUUUGGAUUCAAUGACAAAUCUUGGUCAUUGCGUUGUGACGCAAACAGUUACAGAUUUUUCCACAACAAAGACAAAACUUCUGUCUCAGGUCCUGUUUCCUCCAGAGUAGGAGUGUACCUGGAUCACAGAGCAGGUCUUCUGUCUUUCUACAGAGUCUCUGAAACCAUGACUCUCCUCCACAGAGUCCAGACCACAUUCACUCAGCCUCUCUAUGCUGGACUCUGGACAUCCUGUUAUGGAGACACUGCUGAGGUAAUAAAAGUCAUAUAGACAGAUGGGGUAGGUUUAGAUUUAGCCCUGAUUUAGGGUUACUAUAGAUGUAUAGAAAGAAUUCUAGAAGUUCUUGAAGAAUUCUAGAAAUACAAUAAAACGUCAAAAGAUUACAGGCAAUCCUUUUAGUGAUUUUUAAAUUUGACAGAAUUACCAGUAUAUCCCUUUAAUUUGUGAUAUAGUGAAUUUUAUAGUUGUAGAUCAUUGCUUAACUGAAUGUAGCUGCAAUGAUCAGUCAGUGAAACCAUGCUUCUUGAUAUUGUUUUUAUCGUGUUUUAUGUUUUUAAGCCUAUCCACACGAUUCUCCAUCAACUAUGCACCACGUGGUGACUUGCCUGAUCCAUGUGCCACAAUUUCAUACGUGGUUAUGUGCCUCUAUCUAGAGAGCUAAUGGUGGCGAAACAGAUAAACACAAUAUAGACAUCUUGUACAGAAGCUUAGUUUUAUAUUGUUAUAUAACAUGUCUUGGUGACUAUUUCCUUGGGGACUUGCAUGUGUUCACAACAGCCACAUGGAGUAAAUGCCAAUAUUUAUGUGGAUUCUAUAAUGUGCACAAUCAUAGAAUUUGAUGAUGUACAGACUAAAUAAAAUAGACAAAGGUAGAAUUGUGUGCCGACUGCAUCUUGUCGAGGGAAUCAGUGGGAAUUUGUAACGAGACUUCCUUUAGAGAGGUCAAAACCCAAUCUAGCCAAGUUUGGGUACUUUGAUUAUUAAAAUGUCAAAAUUGAGAGUCAGCCUGGUUCUAUUUUUCAUACAUUCAUCGAAUAUGUGUGUUUUUUUAGUUGGUCUUGGUACAGAAAUAGUCAAUGGCUUGUUGAAUAAAAAUCCUUAAUAUUGAUAGGUGGGGAUAGAAAUGUAAAUAUCUCCUAUAGGUUAUAAAAAAUGAAUCCGAAAUAGUAACAGCCACAGUGUUUCCAAUACUGGGAAUCAAAUUCUUUUAAGUGUCAUCUAUCCAUAGAGAAAAUAGUCAUACAUAUGGAUUUGAUGAUUGUGGCGCUACUCCUGAUUUGUUUUGGUUCUUUAAAGGGAAGCGGUACCUCCCAG